CCUGAAACAACACGUCAUAUUUACGCGACACCGGAGGUCAAGACGUUUGCUGUUGACAUCUCACCGGAGGAGUACGGGACUCGCAGCUCGAUUCGAAGCUGUGUCUUUAAACGCAGAAAAAGAUGUCGACCGCCAUGAACUUCGGGUCGAAGAGUUUCAAACCUCGGGCUCCGGAUAAAGGCUCGUUCCCUCUGGAUCACUUCGGAGAGUGUAAAGCCUUCAAGGAGACGUUUAUGAAAUGCCUGAGGGACAACAACUUCGACAACUCCAAGUGCCGACUGCAGUCCAAAGACUACCUGCAGUGCCGCAUGGACAACCAGCUGAUGACCAAGGAGCCUCUGGAGAAACUGGGAUUCAAGGACCUGAUUGAUCCUCCUCCCAGCCAAGCGGGCGGGGACACCAAACCCUGACCUGCUGCGGCAAAACACAGCUGCUGUUUCAAAGCAGCGAGGACGGCGUUGCUGUGGACUCGACGCGUCGUACAGUUUGUUGUCAAUGAGCUGACGGCACAAGUCAUGCAAAAGCAUGUUAGAGGCAGAGAGUGCUGUGAGAGUGACGCUGAGGAUGAUGAGGGCGUCAAAGACUUUGAGGGUGCAGGGUCUUCAGGAAGACAUCGUGCUGCGUCGUGGCCCUUUUGUCUGAUGUUUCUGAGCACUAAUUGUUUCAUCCCAUUAUGUAUAUAAGAUAACAUGUAUAAUAUAUGGAGAUGCUGUUUUGGCAUUUCAAUAAAUAUUUUUUAUUUGAGAUA